AUGUCUGCAUACAAGAAAACUCUGGUUCUUGAUAACAAUGGUUAUCCCGUAGAUGAUCAUUUUGAUUCGCAUCCUCGAUCGAACAUCUUCCUCGAGCAAAUCGAAGACUUUCAAAAGGGUUACGGCAUGGUGAUUCGGGCUCCAAAGAAGCGAGAAUCGGUGGAGAGGGUCCGGCCCGGAUCUUGUGGUUCUGAAGAUCGCUUUGCCUCAACUCACUCCGAACUUUCUCCGUCCAGUAAUAGCUUUGAAGGUUCAACAGAUGUUCUGAAGGGAUACUCGGUACAAACAGGGUCUUUUUAUGUUACUCCUCGGACGAAUGGGAAGGUUUUAGAGGGUAUGCCGGCGAGAAACGAUGACGGGGAGAAAACAGCGUUCUUUUUCUCUAUCGAUCGAACUUCAGUAUGA